AUGGGAAACAACGACACGACUUCAGCUCCAUCACCUGCCAGCGAAAGCAACGAUUCUCUCAGCGGCGCUCAGGCGGCACUCGGCUUCCCUGAAGCUUUCCACGGCUUCUUCUGGUCCUUUGCCUUUUCUGCGGCGGCAGUGAUGAACCACUGUCACAUGCAAACUGGUGACAAGGUCUGGUUCGGAGUCAAGAUCUUCAUACUAGUGAUGUCUUUUCCAGCUAACGCAGCUUUGAUGUGGAUGCUGCUGAAGAGGAAGCGAGCCAUGACGGCGUCUGAGGUGCUGGGCCUCAACGUGUCCGUCAUGGACAUCCUGUACUGCCUCUGUCUGCCUCUGGACAUUUACACAUGCCUGCACGAGGUUUCCAAGGCCGCCCACUCUGUCCACGAAGCCGUGUUUGCUCUCAACAUCUUUGGCUGCCCUUUGCUGCUGACCUUCAUGUGUUUGGAGCGAUACGUGGCGGUGGCUCGGCCCGUGGCCUACCUCACGCUGGGGCAGUGGAAGUACCGUGUGGCCCUGUGUGCUUGUGCCUGGAUCCUCACCCUGACCGUGGGCCUGCUGGGAUACUUUGUGGGCGUGUUCACCUUGGCUUUGCCCCUGUCCAUCAUCAUCUCUCUGCUAUUCCUGGUCAUGCUGCUGUGUCUGCUGGGGAUCGUGUGGGUGUUGUGUCAGAGCGCACCGGGCGAAGCUUCAAGGUCCAGCGUGCCGCUGAAGAGACGAGCUCUGAAGAACAUCGUGGCCGUGAUGGUGCCGUCGGCUGUAGCUUAUUCUCCUCUGGUGGCUCUGGUUCCGUACAUGGCCGUGAUAACAUCCAGUCAGACCAUCAGCUCUGCACAGUGCUACGUUCUGCAGGUCCUGCUGGUGUUUCCAAACAUCGGCCUGUUCAUCGGCCCCAUGUUCUACCUGUCUCGGCUCAGACAGGUGACCUGCUGGACCCCAAGCUCCAAAACUCUGGCAGAGGAGACCACAUCAACUUCUCUAAAGCUCAGAAACAUACGCUAA